AUGUUAAUACGCCGCCUCCGCCGCCCUCACAGCACCGUGAGAGGCUGCCGCAUUAGUUCCGCAAGCAAUAGUGAUAGCGCCGGUGCAUUUAGUGCUAAUGGAACACAGUUACCUGACCCACCAUAUUAUCUCCCACAUUCCCCUCGAUUUGACGCCGAGCGCUGUGGAACUUUCAACAAGAAAUGGCUUCUGAAUCUGCCGGCGCUCAAACCUCUCGUUCGAAACAGUACUUAUUUACCCAAAAAGGAGGAAUUGUGGCGGGCUCCGACCCACGAGGCAUUGGAAACAAUAAUAGGGCACCUUCCUUACCACGAUGCUCUCAGAUACAUCACAGAGCACAGUUUAUUCCUCCUCUUUCCCACCGUACUGAGGGCGCGCGAUGCGCCCCUUCCACAUGUUAUUUAUGAGGAUUUCAUGAAGAGUUGUACGUUUGCUUCGCUGCAGAAUCCACCGGAGGAGCAGUUUGCACUGCCUUCGGUAUUGCUUCGUACGUUGCUCUGCAUGGCCGCCUACCAUUGCACUUUGGAUGCGGACUACUUCACAACAUGUCAAAUGCUUUUCGGCCGCAUGGAGCAACAACAACAAACGACGCCGGAGGUGCUCUCAGCAUGGGUUUACUGCUGUACAGCUAGCGGUAGAGUUGAUGAGGCCCUAACAUACGCCAAAUACAUGGCCGAUUGUAGUGCACCAUUCGAUGUGACGGUGUUCUCCCUGAUGCAACAUCCCUCAUUGAAUCCCAUUGAAGUGGAAGACGGCUCGGUGCCGCACUCAGCGAAGGGUUUGUUGCUUCAGCGGCGCUUAGGUAAUCGGUUGCACACCGCCUACAGGAGUGACGCAGUAGCCGCACAUGGAAUGUUUGUUUACUACGCUUUGACGCUGAGUCACGUGCGGAAGUGGGAGGUGAUCCGCGCAGCUGCCGCGUUGGGCGUAACGUUGGCAGAGCGAACUGUCGUACUUGCGGUUGAGGUGUUUGCAAGGGAAAAGGGAAUGCGGUGUGGACCCAAAACUGUAAAGGCACUGACACACUUCCUGGCACAAGAUGGGACUGUAGGGCAUUUAUUGUAUGUGUUACUUCGCGCAAGGAAAAAUGAGCUGCUUCCUGAGUUUCGUGAUCUGCCACACACGACAUUUAGUGAAGAAGAACAGGAAUUGGUUUUGCAGUGUGUUGCGCAACGGGCAAGGCACGAUGACAGUUUUGCCGUAGCUGCAACACUUGUCUCCUCACUAGUACGGGAGGAUGAUCCAAGUGAGUUGCUCAUGGCGUUUGCUCGCGCCGCACGAAACCAUCACUCCGCUGAUGUUUGUGGUGGUGAUGGUGACGGAAGUGUUUGCGCCGACGUGCCCGCGCCCGUGCCCGAAUCUCCGCCAUCGAAUUCUUCAGAAAUAAUUGAGAAGGACCGGUGGGCCGUUGUGCAGGCGUCUGUCCGCUCACUACUACUUGAUGUGAAUGCAUUGGACCAGGCAAGUCGCAGGGAUGCAUAUCAUAAGCAUUGGAAAAAUGGAAAUAAAGGAGUGAAAAAUAAAGAAAAUGUGUUAGCAAAAACGCUGACGCUCCCGCAUGACUCGAUGCACACGGCGACAAUACAAAGGAAAGAAAAGGAACUGUGGGAAUUAAUGCGAAGUGACACUCCAGUCGGCGUGCGUGAGCUGGCGCAGCUGAAUAUUAUGGAGGAGUUGCAGGAGGCCAAAAGAUUGGAGCGAGCGGAAAUGGCAUGGGUCAAUCCAGAUGGCACAUUCUGA